AUGUCAACAACAUUGCUGUUGCGUGCUGGCGCUCGAUCGGGGUCUUGGGAUGCUUUGGAAGCCGAAAAAUACCCUGAGUCUACUCUCGGUGCUCUUUAUACCCAAGAGCAUGUACACUGGAUAUUGAUCGAAGCAGUCAUCGAAGCAACCGGCAAUCCACGCCCGCGUACACGUAGAAUGCAAUGGCAAUGUGAUGUCCAGCAUGGAGACCUGAAAAUUUCAGACAUGUAUCAUUGCGGAUCCAAUUUCGGCCUUGGACGCACAUGUGAAUCUAGUAGAGAUCAGUACUUGUCAAGGACAAGAAUAUCCAGAGAGAUUUUGACCCUGCAAAAGCAUCUCAUAUUCAAAGACCUUGGAGCCGUAGGAGGUUCGAGUGCAGACAGUAGCCCCGUCAUACUCAUCUUCAAAUUGAGGACUAAAGCAUACCGUGAUUACGAAAGGUCUUCACUUGCGUUCGCGUUACAUAUCUUCACCGGCAAAUCUUGGAAGGCUCUGGCAGCCGCCCUUAGUCUCAGGUAA